AUGGAGAUAAGAGCAGUUGUUAGAAGAUACGAAACAAGAAAUAAGACAGCAGAAACAGAACUGUCAUCCAAAUCCCGAGUUGAUUGGAGACGCACUAAAAGGGAGCUCAUCCUACUUGACAGCAGUGACAAAUCCUCAUGUACCUCUGAGGAGGAAGAGCCUACAGCAUCAGAAGAUGAAGCAGAUGAAGAAGAUGAAACUGUUGUGAAGAACAGCCUUUCAGAUCGGGCAGAAAAAAGCCAUGAUGGGGAAGGAACAGAAGAUGGUGAAGAUGAGUGCAUCACACCUGGGAAGCGUAAAAGGUUGAACACUUCUGUCUUGUAUGACAGUGAUGAAAGUGAGGACAGUGAUAUACUUGUUAGAAAAGUUUUUACUAAGCGCCACUGUAUAAUGGAUGAAGAUGAGAGUUCUGAAGAACAGCAGCCUGAUAAAACCUGCCCUACCGAAAAUGUUUCUGCUAGUAGGAAACAGAAAGUGUUUGCAAAAUUGAAAGAACUUGCAAAACAAAGAGCAACUCGGAGAUCGUGCAGCAGUGAAAACUGUGAGGAUUCUAAUGGUGAAGCAGAAAUAGAAGAGGAACCACUCUAUCACUUGUCCCUCACACCAACAGAAGUUAGUGAAACUGACAGUGACAGCAUGAAAGAUUUUAUAGUAGAGGAAGAAGAAGAUGGUGAUGACAACACAGAGCAUGUAAAGAGUGAAAACCAGCCACAACAGAAGGAACUAAAUACAUUAAAUAGCGAGUUGCUGGCACGCUACAUCCCACAUUUAUCUCGCUGUGAUCAUUAUGUACACUUCAAAAGAAUAGUAAAAGCUUUCCUCAUAAAUGCAAUUGAUGACACUUUCCUGAGCUCGUUAUAUGAUGGAACAAGACAAAAGAGGUAUGCACAAGAUAUGUUGCUCUCACUUCAUUAUUUGGAUGACCGCUUCAUUCAGCCUCGUCUUGAGAAUUUAAUCUCUAGAAGUCGCUGGAAAGACCGAUACAAGGAGCGUGUGGAUUGUUACCCAGAUGUUCGCAUAAUCUUGAAAAAUCCAAAAAAUAUAUCUUGUCAGGCCUGUGAAUUGAAUCGGUAUUGUAAGUUUAAUGUGCUGCUCUCUGGAAAGCUUUACAACAGUAGAACUUUGGAAGCAGACGACUUCAUGUCCGAUGACAAGCAGGUUUUGAUGGUUGGCGUGGUGUGUGCAAAUCGUACAAGAGUUUAUCAUAAUUUGAAGCACUUCAAAUACAAGUUGUAUGUAGAUUGCAGCUCCGUUACCGAGUUGGAUGGUGUUGAGGAUGAACCAGUCAAAGACACAGUUGAACGGCUUUUCAGCCAGUUGGAAGACAGUGGGUGGAUUCAGAAGAGAUAUAAUGAUCUUGAAGACUACAUGAACGAUGCAGACAGUUUCCAAGAAGAGAAAAUGGAUUAAGUGGUCAUAUAGCUCUUUGGAAGACAUCUUGUAAAAAAAUUUGAAUGACCUGCUUUAUCUGCAUGCACUUUAUCUCUGCUUGGUCUUCAAGAUCCUUUUUAGGCUGUGUUAUACUUAAAUCCAUAUGCCUUUAAACUACUG